GGCCGGUCGUGGUGUCACGGUGUUGGCGUGGGGCUGGUCACGGUGUUGCCAUGGGGCCGGUCGCGGUGUCACGGUGUUGGUGUGGGGCCGGUCACGGUGUCACGGGGAUGUCACAGUGUUGGUGUGGGGCUGGUCGUGGUGUCACGGUGUUGGCAUGGGGCCGGUCGUGGUGUUGUCACGGUGUUGUCACGGGGCCAGUCGUGGUGUCACGGUGUUGGUGUGGGGCUGGUUGCGGUGUUGCCAUGGGGCCGGUCACGGUGUUACGGUGUUGUCACGGUGUUGGCAUGGGGCCGGUCGUGAUGUCACGGUGUUGGUGUGGGGCCAGUCAUGGUGUUGUCACGGUGUUGGCAUGGGGCCGGUCGCGGUGUCACGGGGAUGUCACGGUGUUGUCACGGGGCCAGUCGUGGUGUCAUGGUGUUGUCACGGGGCCGGUCAUGGUGUCACGGUGUUGGUGUGGGGCCGGUCGUGAUGUCACGGUGUUGGUGUGGGGCCGGUCACGGUGUCACGGGGAUGUCACGGUGUUGGCGUGGGGCUGGUCGUGGUGUCACGGUGUUGGCGUGGGGCCAGUCGUGGUGUCACGGUGUUGGUGUGGGGCUGGUCACGGUGUUGCCAUGGGGCCGGUCGCGGUGUUACAGUGUUGGUGUGGGGCCGGUCAUGGUGUCACGGGGAUGUCACAGUGUUGGCGUGGGGCUGGUCGUGGUGUCACGGUGUUGUCACGGGGCCAGUCGUGGUGUCACGGUGUUGGCGUGGGGCCGGUCACGGUGUUGUCACGGUGUUGGUGUGGGGCCGGUCGUGAUGUCACGGUGUUGGUGUGGGGCCAGUCAUGGUGUUGUCACGGUGUUGGCGUGGGGCCGGUCGUGGUGUUGGCAUGGGGCUGGUCGUGGUGUCAUGGUGUUGUCACGGGGCCGGUCAUGGUGUCACGGUGUUGGCGUGGGGCUGGUCGUGGUGUCACGGUGUUGGUGUGGGGCCGGUCGCGGUGUCACGGGGAUGUCACGGUGUUGUCACGGGGCCGGUCGUGGUGUCACGGUGUUGGCGUGGGGCUGGUCACGGUGUUGCCAUGGGGCCGGUCGCGGUGUCACGGUGUUGGUGUGGGGCCAGUCGCGGUGUCACGGGGAUGUCACAGUGUUGGCGUGGGGCUGGUCGUGGUGUCACGGUGUUGGUGUGGGGCCAGUCACGGUGUUGUCAUGGUGUUGUCACGGAGCCGGUUGUGGUGUCACGGUGUUGGCGUGGGGCCGGUCGCGGUGUUGGUGUGGGGCCGGUCACGGUGUCACGGUGUUGUCACGGUGUUGGCGUGGGCCAGUCGCGGUGUCACGGUGUUGUCACAGUGUUGUCACGGGGCCAGUCGUGGUGUCACGGUGUUGGUGUGGGGCCGGUCAUGGUGUCACGGUGUUGGUGUGGGGCCGGUCGCGGUGUCACGGGGAUGUCACGGUGUUGUCACGGGGCCGGUCGCGUUGUCACGGUGUUGGUGUGGGGCCGGUCACGGUGUUGGUGUGGGGCCGGUCGCGGUGUCACGGGGAUGUCACAGUGUUGUCACGGGGCCAGUCAUGGUGUUGUCAAUGUGCUGGUGUGGGGCUGGACGCGGUGUCACGGGGAUGUCACGGUGUUGUCACGGGGCCGGUCAUGGUGUCACGGUGUUGGUGUGGGGCCGGUCGCGGUGUCACGGGGAUGUCACGGGGAUGUCACGGUGUUGGUGUGGGGCUGGUCAUGGUGUCACGGUGUUGUCACGGGGCCAGUCGUGGUGUCACGGUGUUGGUGUGGGGCUGGUCACGGUGUUGGUGUGGGGCCGGUCACGGUGUCACGGGGAUGUCACAGUGUUGGUGUGGGGCCGGUCGUGAUGUCACGGUGUUGUCACGGGGCCAGUCGUGGUGUCACGGUGUUGGUGUGGGGCCGGUCGCGGUGUUGGUGUGGGGCCGGUCACGGUGUCACAGUGUUGUCACGGUGUUGGCGUGGGGCCGGUCGCGGUGUCACGGUGUUGUCACAGUGUUGUCACGGGGCCAGUCGUGGUGUCACGGUGUUGGCGUGGGGCCGGUCAUGGUGUCACGCUGUUGGUGUGGGGCCGGUCACGGUGUCACGGGGAUGUCACGGUGUUGUCACGGGGCUGGUCGCGGUGUCACGGUGUUGGCAUGGGGCCGGUCGUGGUGUUGGCAUGGGGCUGGUCGUGAUGUCAUGGUGUUGUCACGGGGCCGGUCGUGGUGUCACGGUGUUGGCGUGGGGCUGGUCGCGGUGUUGCCAUGGGGCCGGUCGCGGUGUCACGGUGUUGGUGUGGGGCCGGUCGCGGUGUCACGGGGUUGUCACGGUGUUGUCAUGGGGCCAGUCAUGGUGUUGUCACGGUGUUGGCGUGGGGCUGGACGCGGUGUCAUGGUAUUGUCACGGUGUUGUCACGGGGCCGGUCAUGGUGUCACGGUGUUGGCAUGGGGCCGGUCGUGAUGUCACGGUGUUGGUGUGGGGCCGGUCGCGGUGUCACGGUGUUGUCACAGUGUUGUCAUGGGGCCGGUCAUGGUGUUGUCACGGGUCCGGUCGCGGUGUCACGGUGUCAUCACAGUGUCAUCACGGUGUUGUCACGGUGUUGGCACAGUGUUGGUAUGGGGCUGGUCGCGGUGUUGUCACGGGUCCGGUCGCAGUGUCACGGUGUCAUCGCAGUGUCACAGUGUCAUCACGGUGUCAUCGCGGUGUUGUCACGGGUCCGGUCGCGGUGUCAUCACGGUGUGGUCACGGUGUUGUCACGGUGUUGGCACAGUGUUGGUAUGGGGCUGGUCACGGUGUUGUCACGGGGCCGGUCGCGGUGUCACGGUGUCAUCGUGGUGUCACGGUGUCAUCACGGUGUUGUCACGGGUCCGGUCACGAUGUCACGGUGUCAUUGCGGUGUUGUCACGGGUCCAGUUGCGGUGUCACGGUGUCAUCACGGUGUCACGGUGUCACCGUGGUGUCAUCACGGUGUUGUCACGGGUCCGGUCGCGGUGUCACAGUGUCAUCACGGUGUCACGGUGUCAUCGCGGUGUCACAGUGUCACGGUGUCAUCACGGUGUUGUCACGGGUCCGGUCGCGGUGUCACGGUGUCAUCACGGUGUCACUGUGGUGUCGUCGCGGUGUUGUCACGGGGCCGGUCGUGGUGUCACCGCGGUGUCACGGUGUCAUCGCGGUGUCACGGUGUCAUCAUGGUGUCACGGUGUCACCGUGGUGUCAUCACGGUGUUGUCACGGGUACCGGUCGCGGUGUCACGGUGUCAUCACGGUGUCACGGGUCCGGUCGCAGUGUCACAGUGUCAUUGCGGUGUCACCGUGGUGUCAUCACGGUGUUGUCACGGGGCCGGUCGCGGUGUCACGGUGUCAUCGUGGUGUCACGGUGUCAUCGCGGUGUCGUCACGGU